AUGGUUGCUGUAAGCUGGAACCACAAACAGCUGUCUGAAUCGUUGGUUUUUCCUUCAGCAGUUUUAGCGAUUCACUGCUACAUGGCCGCUUCAGCCCUUUGCGCUCCUCUUGAGGGAUAUUCUGGCGAUACCUCCAUGGCUGAGAACGGUGUACUUGUCGAAGAUCCUCAAUUCUAUGACAUUGGACAGAAAAGCCGGGCUUUGAUCGAUAAAGUCAUUCUUGCAAUACCGGAGACGCACAAGUCUUGCAUUCAUGCAGAAACUCUGACGCUAAACUCGGCCGAUGAGCACAUCAAUCUGCAGUUCAUGGCGACCAAGAUUGGCAUUCCCUCUGCUCCCACUCUUAAAGCUGUGUCAAAUGACUUUCCAUUGGAAAGUGUCCUGAGACACAUGUUGCAGGGUCUGCAACAGCAAAAGGACUUACUGCUGGCCGCCACACAGCAUCUGGCUGCGACAGAAAGAGUGACUGAGAUGCAGGUUGAUCUCAGAGACCUUCUCAUCAAAAUCAGAAAGAUGCUGAAAAUAGUUCAGAAAGAGUCCGAACAGGAGCCCACUUCUGCCCACCUGGUCCUGAAAGUCAGUGGACAAUAUGAGGCUCAGGUGGCGAUGCACCUGACCCUGGUCCAGCUCCAAACCUUCGGACAGGACGUUGUACGCAGUCUGAGGAACAUACUCCAGCCCAGUGAGGCGUUAGAUGCACUAUAGACACACAGUCAUUGUCCGACACGUACCUUACGUCCAUUGUUUUAGGAGGUGUUUAUUAAUUUAUACCAAACCUAUUUAUAUAUUUAUUUAUCCUAUAUUUAUUUAUUUUAAUAUAAUUGAUUCAUCUUUAUUUAUAUUGCAGUAUACAAAUUAUGCGGGUGUUUUCUACAGUGUUUUAAUAUCACCACUACAGUACAAAGUUGUUUAUUUUAUUUAAUAAAUUAAAAUAACCUGUGUAAGCUUUAUAAGCUAAAUUUGAAUAAGGUUGCAUAGACUAAAUAUUUUUUUCAGUAAAUGUGUGCUCUUGUAUUGCAAUCAUUUUAUUUUUGAUAAAAAAAAGAAAAAAAUAUGUAUUUUUAUAUUAAUGUUUUGUGUCCCAUUCAUGAUGAAUAAAGACUUAAAGACUUUCAACGAGUAUGGCCAUUGCAAAUGAGUCCCUCUUUAAAAUCUAUAAAUCUUUGUACUAAAAGGUACAUACUGUAUUUCCACCCCAAAUGUCAUAAUCCCACAAGUAAUUAUUGAUAGACUUGAUCAGGAUCAAGUCGCAUGAAAGAUGUGAGGAAAAAUCCUUAAAACACAAAUUGAGAUAGUCAUCGGAUACUCUUAAGUAGGGGCUUUCUACAUUUACAUUUAGUCAUUUAGCAGACACUCUUAUCCAG